AUAUCGAUGAUGGCGCUCUCACCCACCCAUGAUCACCCGAUGCCCGAACCCGUGCGGCCGAGAGGCACACCCCGACUCGGCCGUGGUCCAGGAGGCUCGACAGCUGCACAGAGCCACCUGACUCUCUCAUCAUCGACAUGGCGACAGAGAGCACUCGGCUGGUGGGAGCCAAAGACGCGUACGGAAGGCAGGUUGCUGGCUACGACAGCUCCGAGACGUUUACCGGAGUGAAGAACCAUGGGCGUGGGUGCAAGGACAUCCUGUUUGCCAUCCUCUUUCUGGCGGCGGUCAUUGCCUUUAUCGCGGUGACGGCCGAGGGCUUCAAGAAGGGCGAUCCACACUCGCUCAUCUCCAAGUCAGACCAGGUUCCGACGUCAGCAUCGGCCAAGCUCCGGGAGCGGGCCAAGCUGCAGUUCUCCAAGGUGGUGGGCCAGAUGCGUGACCAGUGGCGGGUCAUUCUCGGCUCGGCCGGCCUCGCGGUCUUCCUCGCGCUCGUCUGGGUCCAGCUCCUGCGGUUCUUCACCAAAGUCUUCAUCUACCUCACGCUCCUGCUGGGCAUCGUGCUCCUCACUGCGCUCUCGAUAUUUAUGCUUUCAGUCGGCAAGGAACGCAACAACAAGUUCCUGAUUGUGGCCGGUAUCGCCGGCCUCGUCCUCGCCGGCAUUGUCUGCCUGGUCGUUGUGGGCCUCCGCAAGAAGAUCGCGCUGACGGCGCUGAUGAUGCGCGAGGCAUGCGGCGGGCUGGACCACAACCCGUCGCUCCUGCUCUUUGCCGUCUUCACCAUGGUUCUCUUCCUCGGCUUUGCUGCGUACUGGCUCGUCGCCUUUGUCUACCUGUACACGGUGCCAGACGAGUCGAUGCAGCACUCGAUGUACUUUUGCGUCUUUUGCUUCUUCUGGUUCUCGGGCGUCAUGGCUGGUGUGUUUAAGACGACCGUCGCCGGCGGCAUGGCGUCGUGGUACUUUAGCCGGACCGUCGGCUCGCAGGAUCUCGCAUCGGACUCGUUCUCGCCAGCGUUUGCCACCUUUGUCCGGUCGUGGACGCUCUCGCUCGGCUCCAUCGCCUUUGGCACCCUUCUCACAGCGGUGGUCAACUUUAUCAACUGGCUCCUCACCAAGGCCCGCAAGCACUCGUCGAACAAGUUCAUCCGCUGCCUCAUCGCCUGCGUCCAGUGCUGCCUCGGCUCGAUCGAGCGCCUCAUCGAGUUUGUCAACAAGUACGCCUUUGUCUACAUUGCCAUGUACGGGGAGUCAUACUGCCAGGCCACCAAGUCGGUCUACGCCCUGCUCAAAGACCAAGGCAUGUCGCUUGUCGCCGUCGACUUUAUCUCGGACUUUAUCCUCUUUGUCGGCAAGAUCGCCGGCACCGCCGCGUCCACCCUCCUUGCCCUCGGCAUCCUCCACUCGCGCGGCGACUCGGUCUCGGGCCUCACCAUCACCGCCAUCAUCCUCGUCUCGUACAUCUGCUUUGACAUUGUCGCCCACAUUCUCGGCAUGGGGGUCGACUCGGUCUUUACCUGCUACGCCGAGGAUCUGGCCCGCAACAAGGCCUCGGGCAACUACAUCAUGUCGCAGAACGUCCAUGUUGAGCUCCAGGCCGUUGCCGACUCGCAUGCCGUCAACUCGUAACAAGCACACUCUUCUCCCCCC